AGCAGUGCAGGUAACUAUUCCAUGUUGUUUGCGCGGUUCAAUUCACUCGUGUAUGACGUAUAUUUAUCACUUUUAAACUGUCAAACGAUUUAAAACAGAAACGAGUAUCUUCUGUAUUGCAUUGAUGUAAAAAUACGAGGACUAAUAUACGAAGUUUCGUUUUUGAUAUAUUCAUUUUCGUUUUUAUAAUCUUUUAUUCGUUGAUACACGUAUAUACCUGAAGAAACGUAUGAAUAUUUGACUGUUGAUUUUUCAUCUAUAAAUAUUUUUUAACAAAUGUUACAUUUGCUAAGUUUUAUUGCUGUAUAACAUUGUUCGAACAUUAAAAAGAAAAAAUAUACAUUAAUGUGAGAUAAAAAAUAUCAAGAAAAUAAAUUAGAAAAGGUAUUUAUAAUACUGUAUUUUUAUAAGGUUGCAAAAUUAUAUUCAUUUCUAUAUUUACAUGUACAUAUGUACGUGUAGAUUAUUUUCUACAAUGUAAAUAAUCUUGAAUAACAUUUAUUAUGUAUGUAAUGUAUCAUUAAACAUGGAUUUAGAAGCAACUAUAGUUGAACGAUUACAAAAGUUAAGACAAUGGCAAUUAGAACAACAAGAACGAUUAUUGAAAGAGCAACAAAUGCAGAGAGAAAUAUUAACUCAGAAACAAGAUUGUAUGUAUAAAGCACUUGAGUUAUCUCUACAAGAACUUGAUAUAAGUGAGAACGUAUUAGAUGUGAAUGAUUUGAAUAAAAUCAAAGGAAAUCCUGAGACCGAUAAUCAAGAUUUAGAAGAUCACAAUGAAUUGCAAAAUAUAGACAGUAGUAUAGAAAUGAUUAGUCAAAAUGUAAAUAAAUUUAACAAUCUGAUUCUUCAACAAACACCUCUUAAAGAUUUGGGUAAGGAGGCAGUUAUUCUUGAAAAUCAUGUAAAACAACAAUUGAAAGAGAAAAAUGAUACUAGCUUGACACUACUUUCACCACGACAAGAAAAAGAAGUGGAGAAAUUUAUUAUAGAUGGAGUAGCACCAUUGUCAUCUAAUAAGGCAUUAAUUAAUCGCAUGUGCAUAGAUGAUGUACCAAUUCCUUCACCAAAAAAAGAUUUUCAUACAUUACUUGAAGAAAGAUUAAAAGACUCUGACAAUAUAUCUACAGAAAAAUCUAAUGGUAAUUCAACAGCUAAAGUAAUAAAGAAACCAUUUUUGAAAAAAGGAGAAGGUUUGUCUAGAUUUAAAUUAAACAAAGAGUUGCCAACUUUCACUAUAAAAAGAAGAUCGCGAAGUGUAUCCUUUUCUACAUGCACACAAUCUGAUUCUAAGCAAUCUAAGAAUGUAUCUAAAUCUACUAAUAGUAAUAAAUCUACAAAAAAUGCACAACAGACAAACAGUUUAAAUCGUACAAAUGCAUCACAAAAGCAAUUGUGUUUGAAAAAUGUGCCUCUGCCAAAGAAAAAAGUUCGUAGUAAAUCAGAAUCUAGUACUUUAGUGACUAAAUUGGAGGAUUAUGUUAACAAUAUUAAAAAUACAGCAGAAUUAAAUACUUCAGACUUUCAUUCAGGAACACAGAAAGAAAUGGAAGAAGUAAGGAUAUUUGAAUUAUUAGAGGAAAAAGCAGAAAAUUCCAGUUUCUGUUCUACGUCUAGUACUGUUCUUGCAUUUUUACAACAGUCAACACCAUUCAAAGUAAAGAAACAUCAAAGUCCGAUAAUUAAAAAUUCCAAAAGUCAAUCUGUUUUAAAGUCCAAUCAAGCGUACAUGUGCACAACUCCUACUAAAAACAAUGAGUCUUUUCGUAACUAUAGUCUCAUUGUAAAUAAGAAAGAUUUACCUUCAAUGAAAGAUAAAAAUCCAUACAGUGCAAAAGCUUUUGAAGAUUUUAAAGAAAAUACUAAAAUAGAUGCAAGUAUAAAAAAAUAUGCAACAUUUAGAAAUCAAGUUCAAUCUAUGCAUAACGAAGAUAUUUCUUAUGAUGGGUCUAAUGUUGAGAAAGCUAAUGAUGUUAGUCUACAUGUGAGAUUUUCUGAGUACAAUGAAUAUAAAACCAUUGGAUCAUCAGACACAUCGUGUAUAUCAAUUGAAUCAUUAGCAAUAAAAGAUUCCUGUGAUAAACAGGUUUGGGAUGAUUCUGUAACUACAGAAGUAUCCGAUACAGAAAUGUUACCACAGUCCUCAACAGCUCAAGGUAAUAUUCAGAAUAGUAAUUAUAAAUUCACGUUUGAACAUUGCAAUGCACAAGGAAAAUUAAAUUAUGAAGCGCAAACACACAAAACUAUGGAACAAAAUAAUAGUUUUGAUCCUAAUGAGAAUAUACAUCAACAAGUUUAUUAUAAUGAUGAUUCAGAAUUUUCUGACACUACUGUUCAAACAUUGGAUAAUGAACAAGAUAUUUUAGAAGAAUAUAAAAAGAAUUUAAUAGUACAGAAUGUCAAUAAUUUUCAGAAUACUGGGAAUUCGAGAAAAUGUAUGGAACCAUGUAAUACUGGUGAAAGUAAGGAAUUACUAGAUAUUAAUAAUGAUUCAACUAUGAUUGAAGAUCAAAGAAGUGAAGAAAAUUUGCAGGAAACAGAUGAAAUUGUCUUCAAAUCAGAGCUUUUGAAGAAUCGUCUACUGGAACUAGAACAAGAAAUUAGUAUAUUCCGUAAAGAGAAUGCAGCUUUAUCUGCUCAACGUAAAAAAUUAUUGGAGGAUCAUAGAAAUUUACAUAAAGAAUAUGCAGAAAAAGAGAAAAAUUUGGAAGAAAGCAGAAAACAGAUGGAAGACCGUUUACAGGAAGAGAAGAAAAAGUUAAUUCGUGAAAAAUCUGCAUUGGAAAAUAGGAUGCGGGAUUCACAAGAAAAAGCUCAACAGAGUAAAUUAGAAAGACAAGAGAUACAAAAUUUAAAACAAGAAUUCGAAACAUUAAAAGAAGAGUUCCAGUUAAAGGAAAGUAGAUGGUAUGCUGCACAGUCUAGACAUAAAUGUCAAAUGAGGAUCUUGAAAAUGGAAAAUAGUAAGCUAAAACAGGAGAUUGAAAGAUUACAGAAUCUGAGGAAAAGUAAUGCUAGAAGCAAAGGAAAGCCUGGAAUCUUUUCAAAUACGAAAGCGAUUCAUCAAAUUAAUAAGCAAAUUGACAUGCAAAAUAAAGAGUCUAAAAGAACCAAUGACAACUCAUCAUCAGAUGAGAAAGACCAAAAGUUGCCAGAACCAGUGACAAAAAUAAUUGAUACAAAUGAAACUGAGAAUAUAGAAGAUGAGGAAUAUAAUUGUAAAAAUAAUAAUAGCAGCUCAAAUAAAAAAUUACAGAGGGGGCAGAUAAACGCGAUAAAUGUUGUUAAAAAACGUAAUUUAUAUGAAAAUCUGAUUAAGGAAGCAACAUCUGAUUUAUUAGAUGUUCAUGAACAGCUUCAUAUUGGAGGAAAUUUAAGUGAACCUAAAUCUGAUUUAGAUAAUGAAUCAAGGAAAUUAAAUAAAUCAGAAGAUGCUGUGAAGAAUAAUUCUGAAGAGUUAAUCAAGGAGUCUGAUAUUGCACGUUUCAAUGAUACCAAUUCGAACAGCAAUCUCCAAUUUCAUGUACAACAUGAAUGUGAACAGCUUAUAUCUCCACCUAGAAUCUCCCACAAGCAUCAUAAUCAAAAUCCAAUAUUAAUAUCGUCAGAUGAAUCAUCAUCAAAUGCUUGUGUAAAGAGAUCACCAUCCCAUCAAAGUAGUUCUGAUGUUAAUAAACAAGGUAUAAGACAAAUUCAACAUCCAGACGGACGUAUCGAGUAUUGGUAUCCGAAUGGAAAUGUUAAAAAGGUUUUCCCAGACCAAGGUUUGACUAAACUGAUAUAUUAUAAUGGAGAUGUACGUGAAACUAGUAAAGAAGGAAAAGUAAAAUAUUUCUAUGCGUCGACCCGAACGUGGCACACAACAAUGCCAGAUGGAUCAGAGAUUUUAGAGUUUACUGAUGGCCAAAUAGAAAGAAGACUGCAUGAUGGUGCUGUAGAAGUAUCCUUCCCAGAUGGUUCUAUACGAGUUUUAGGACCAGAUGGUACUGAAAAGUGGACCUUACCAGAUGGGACUUUAAUUCAAACAUUUGCUAAUGGUGAAAAAGUGUUUACCUUACCAAAUGGACAACAAGAAAUACAUACAAAAACUCAUAAGAGACGAGAAUAUCCUGAUGGUACAGUUAAGCUUAUUUAUCCCGACGGUACACAAGAAACACGAUACUCGAACGGUAGGAUACGGCUUAAAGAUAAAGAUGGCAAUCUUUUAAUGGAUUCAUAUCAAUGAAAUCUGUAAAAAGUAUAAAGAUAUUGCGACUAUAAAUAAUACUUAUUAAGUAGUGCAUUUAAAACAAUGUACAUUAUAUAUAAAUAUAUUUUAAAUACUUUUUAUACAUGUUCAGUUGUUAUAACUAGGUAUAAGUAAUGUUAAAGUAUUAUUUGUAUAAGUAAUAAUAGGACAAAUUUAGAUAAAUAAAAACUGCAUUUCACAAUUUUAUACUAUGAGGAAAUAAAAAUAAAU